CCUCACUUCAAAACAACGCACUCCGGUUUCAAAGCUCCCCUGAAGUUUAAAGUGCAUCUUCGGUGUUGAGCAGAAUGGGUAAGAAAGUAAAGAAAGAGAUUGAAACACCACGCAAAGAGCCGUUUGAACCAUUACCAUUUGAGAGCAAAAGUGCCGCCACAGUGGUCUUGAUGCUGAGCUCACCCGAGGAGGACGUUCUGGCCAAAGCAUGUUAUGCAAUUUAUAAGUUCGCAGAGAAAGGAGAGGAGAACAAGUCGUCACUGCUUGGGCUCGGGGCUCUGCCGCCUCUCUGCCAGCACAUUAACCACGAAGACAAAAGGGUUCGACGCAAUGCCAUCAUGGCUGUGGGCAUGAUGGCGGCCAAUGUUGAUGUGAAAAUUGCUCUAAAGAAACUUGAUGUAAUACCAUCAGUCAUUGAAAAACUGUUGCCUGAGGAGGAGACCGUGGUCCAUGAGUUUGCCACUCUCUGCCUUUCAACAUUGUCGGUGGACUUCGUCUGUAAGGUCCAGAUCACCGAGAACAAGGGGCUGCCAUCUCUGAUCCGGCUCCUCUCUGGUCCCGAUCCAGAUGUCACCAAGAACACUCUGGAGAUCGCCCUGAACCUGGUCCAGGAUCACCCUAACCGUGCGGCCCUGGGAGAGCUGGGGGGGGUCCCCCCACUGUUGGCCCUGGUGAGGUCAGAGUUCCCGGUCAUCCAGCUGCUGGCCCUUAGAAUCCUGGAGAGACUCACCCUCGACCGUGACGCACGCGCAGCCUUCAGAGAGGUGCAGGGCUUCGAGAAGAUCAUGGACUUCAUCAACGACAAGGACCUGAGUGACCUUCACGUGGAGGCCCUCAGGGUGGUGUCCAACUGCGUGGCAGACCGGGAGAGCCUGCUGCUGGUCCACCAGACCGGAGGCCUCAGCCGGCUGAUCCAGCUCGUCGCCCUCUCACCUGCCCCCGCGCUGCCGGAGGUCCAGACCAGCGCUGCCACCUGCAUCGCCAUGGUGGCACGGAGCUCAGAGAACCGGAAGCUGCUCCACGCGCACGACGUGGAGACGGCUCUGGUGGGACUACUGUCCGCUGAGGGAGAUGGUGUGAGGACGGCAGCCUGUCAUGCCGUGGCCACCAUGAGUAUCCAUCUGGUCAGCAAAGACACCUUCAGGGAACUGGAGGCCCUGCAUGUUGUGGUGCAGUUACUGAGCCACAGUUGUGUGGAGUUGCGUCAGGCUGCCGUCCAGGCCCUGUCGAGCCUCACGCACGACAGUCAACUCAACGCUGCUGCUGUGGAAGAGGCGGCCGGGGUGGAGGUCUUGGUGCAGAUGCUCAGCGAGGGCUCCUCCACGCUGGUCAGCCAUGCUGCGGCCACCCUGGCCAACAUGGCCGACCAGGAGCCCCUCCGAUGCAGGAUCCUGACACAUGGGGCCGCGGCAGCGCUGGUUGGGCCCCUGCAGUCCGCCACCACCACCGACAGCCUACUGCAGGUCACGCGAUGCCUGGCCGCGCUUGCAUGCGAGCCACACGCCAGGAAGGAGUUCCGAAAGGCAGGAGGUCUGCCUCCACUUGUCCGCCUCCUUAGCUCACGUCACAAGGAGGUCCGUAGCAAUGCCUGCUGGGCCAUCAGCGUCUGCGCCAAUGAGGAGGCCACGUCAGUGGAGCUCUGCAAGCUAGGGGCGUUGGAAUCGCUCCAGGAGAUCAAUGAAUCCCCGAACCGCAGGAACCGAUUCAGCGAGAUGGCGAUGUUCAGGCUAUUGGCCUCCAACCUGUCAGUUAAAUACUGUGUGACGGGACGCCUGGCCUCCACAGACAUCACCACAGAUGGCUUCUACGAUGCCGGCCCGGUUCGUCCGGGGGAUAAGGUCAUGACUCUUGAGGAGUUGUCCAAGCAGCACGUCAACCGGAGACGACCUGUCCUCGUCGCCAACGCUGCGGCUAAAUUGCAGGCCCAGCCGUCGGACGAGAGUCUGGACCUGGAGCCUAGCCCCCCGGACGCGCGCAACGGCUCCGUGUGCAGCAAGGCCGGAACUAGGACCUCAAGAGGAAAGAGCAGAGAUCAGAAGGAAGAAGACAAACAACAAAGGGAUGGGGAUGAGAGCAACGACCAACCCGAGCCUGCUUUGGACAAUCUGUGGCCGCCGCCCUGCGACACUGCAUUCCAGAAGCUUGUGACAGAAGCCACUAAAUCCGUCCUCAUCCUGUGCGAUCCGAGGGAACAAUAUGUCACCCUCGCCAGGCUGGUGAGCGAGGCAUUGGGUGGAGCAGUGGAGACGGACAGACUGCAUGAGUUCCACUGGGAGCUCCACCUGAGUGAACUCAAAUUCAGGCGGCGCUCCAACGUCGUGCCCAUCGGUAGUGUCUGCAAGGGGAUCUACUGCCACAGGGCCAUGCUUUUUAAGUGUUUAGCUGACCGUGUCAGGGUGAGCUGCAGCCUGGUUAGAGGCGAGUAUAACCGGGCUUGGAACGAGGUCCUGCUUCCCGGGGAGACCCAGCCUGGGGCCCCAGCAAGACCCCAACCCCGUAGCCUGUACGUGGUGGACCUCAUGCACCAGCCCGGCUCCCUGCUGAGAGCCAAUACUCCGGCCGCCAUACAGUACCAGAGUAUUUAGAACCCAUGAUGCAAUACAGACAGGUGGAUCUCAAUAUAGACUACGUUCCUACAGUUUUUUUUAUUUCUAUUAUGCGUUGCUUGU